CUAAAUUUCAUAUCUUGGUGUACUCAUCUGCCAACUACUCCCCAAACAGAGUCGUCGGACCUGCCCACGGCAACCGCAAACUGGAUUGGAACGCAUAUGUGAUGCGUGAAAAUCAGUACGUCAACACCCCAUGGGCCAUUAAGGAUGCAUACACAAUUCCAACAUUUUGGGGUAUUACUAUCUACCCAAACUACCCGAACUGGAUCAGUCCCCAGAAGAAUCAGUAUGCCGACAAGCCCCGCACCUGGAUGGCCGGACAAAUUGUCGCCGAGGCAUUCUUCAAUGGGCGCGUAGACUACGGUCUGGUGGACACUGUAGAACCAGUGUACGCCACUAACAACUACCUGGAUGUCUCCCUGGGCGAGGUAGUGGUGCUCGACAAGGUCCAGUCAAGCGGUCUCAACAUCCAAAUGCAGGCGGCCGAGUGGGCGUACACUCACAAUACUGUCCACCGUGAUCAACACGUAUGCCGCAAAGCCUCGGACUUCACAACCUUCACCCAGAACGUCGACAACAAGCUCCUGUCACUGCCCCGACAACCAGCAGAUGAAGAUGGGUAUGGCCGCAUCUUCAACGAUUACGUGCAGGAGGACGUCGAGGGAAUGAUGGCGCAGGGUUCUAAUUUUGGCUCCAAAAAUGCGGGCAGCAUUGACGAGUGCAUCGCCGAGUACGGCGUCACCCAGCCCUUCGGGUCCACGUUGCGCCUAGACUACGCCAACAUCAAUCCAGACUACUACCUCAACGACAUCGAGUAUUGGGGUCUACCCUGGGAAGGCACAGGUUUAGGCAGAAACACACUCCCAGCGGGUGCGAAGGAGACUAUUUAUUUCGAAAAUUGCUAA